AUGGCGGUGCAGCUGUCCUCGCCCCUUUUCCAAGCGCGUCUGCUGGAGCUUUCCCAGCCGAGAGUGAGAGCCGCACCCCAACGACAAGCCAUUGCAGACGCUUUCCCCCAAGCUUCUGCCGUUCCGAUGCCCGUAAUCGCUGGCGCCGUGGCCGGGGCUGCCUUCUCUCGGUUCAGCGAAGGGAGGCAUGCGCGGUGUGGGCAUCGUGCGCAUCGCGGAGUAGCUGCCCGUGCAGCCUCGGCGAAGUCUGAGCUACUGGAGCUCCUCUCAGGCGAGAACUGGGAUGCGAGCCGAGUGAACGCGGCACAGAGAGUGGAAGACCUUGUGGCAGAGCUGGUCGAGUCUUUUGACAAGACCAAGCUCGCAAGUGAGGAGGCCCAAAAGCUCCUGGCAGGAAGGUGGAAACUACUCAACACCUUCACCCCGGGCCAAGCAGCGGCGAAUCUUUUCAGCCUCAAGAGCUGGCAGGAAUAUGUCUUUGGGAAGGGACCAUCUCCAGUUCAGGCUGCCGCCUUCACCAACAGCGCUGUCCAGAAGGUCUACCAAGCCCUGGACCUCACUGCCACGCCGGGUCGAUGGUACAACGUCAUCGACGCCUCUCCGCUUGGCAUUAUUUGCCUCGAGGCUGACCUCAGCACGGAGGAGUCCGACUUGCGCUUCCAGUGGACAGGAGGCCGGAUCGUGAUCCGAAGGCCGCCCUGGACAGACCGCGAUCUCGAUGAGCCCAUCCGUUUGCCGUACCCGGUUCCUUUCAAGCUGCUGGGUGAUCGGGCACGUGGCAUUUUUGAGACGGACUACCUCGACGACGACUUGCGAAUCUCGAGAGGCUCCAAGAGUGGGAGCGUCUUCGUCCUGACUAGGGUUCGCGAUCCGCUGCCGAUGGAAGACGAACUCGGCAAGAUUGUCUGUCUACUUGCAUCACAACCAGAUCGGCGAGUGCCAGCCCGGUCAGAUGGUCUCCUUCACGGCGUACCUGAACAAGAAGGGUCAGCCUCAAGCCAUGGAUCUGAAGGCAUGCUGAUUCGACCUGCUGCCACUCCGUCGGUCCUGCAUUGGAGUCCCAGACUCAGCCCCGCAACUCGCAGCUGA